AUGAUCCACCCAGCGAGUCUGGCAAGCUCGCCGCCUUCCCUACCUAUCGUCCGGCAGCCUUCACCUCUGUCCUUCUCAGUGACAUCGGAAGAUCACUCGACGCCGCCCUCGCCCAGCUCGCACUCUGGCUCCAGCCUCCCUCAAAUAGGGUUCUCCGAGCCCAACCUCCCAGGUCCUUCGCGUAUCCGGCGAGUCCCUUCGCCCACUCCCAUAUCGCCGCCUUUUCGCGUUGGCAAUGGCGAAGGACCGGUCCCUACCGCCCCUCUCCCCGACUCCAUCCUCUAUCGCUCAACCCUCGCCCACCUCGAAACGUCCACUUCCACUCUGAAACGCCUGUCAAAGUCCGUGCUCAACCACAGCUCGGUGUUGAUUGCUGUACUCGAAGCUGUCGAGAAGGCGGAAGAGGAGUUCUUGUUGGUGUUGGGGGAAUUGGGGCGGUAUCUGGAAGGAGGGUUUGGCGUGGCGGGCGGGAUAUGGGCAGAGGAUGGGGUGAGGAAGGUACGGAAAGAGAGGUGGAAGGGGCAAAGGGAAGAAGUGAGGGGGAUGGUGGAGCAGGGAGUGGCUGGUAUGAAGGGGGAUUUGAAGCGCUGGGGACUAGCAGGAGGGGGAACGCAAGCGAGAUUUGAGCGUACUACGAAGCAGUACUACGAUCAGACGUCCAACUAUCUGUCACAUUCGGACCCCUCCUCCAGCUCAGCACCCGCAUCACAUUCCAUGUCAGCCACCACAUCGUCUCCUGCUUCAAAUCCGCGACACGCCUCGCCAACCGCCGGCGAGACGGAGCAGUCCGCCCGAACAGCAGCUUUCGAGCUCGCUAGAUAUUCACACCACUCGACCCUACUCUACGCGGUGCCUCCAUCUUCGCUGAGCUGCCUCGAUCUGCUCGUAAAUCUAUACGGCUGGGUCGGAGGGGUUCUCGGCGAAAACCCUGUCAGGCGGGAAAGCACAGGUGGGAUGGACGAGGCUUUCGGUUCCGCGCCGAGUCUCGUCUCCCGCCCGCCCAAAGAAGGGUCAAUCAACUCCAUUCCGCCCUCCCUGCGGCUCAAGGAGGAGGUCGCUACCUCCCUUUCGAAGCUCGCAGGCGUGAGAGUAGAACUGCUCGAUGGAUGGGCAAAGCGGAACCAGCAGACCGCUCGGCUAGAGGACGAGGCAAACCGUCUCGUCACUCUCUCGGAGUCCAAAUUCGCCGCUCGGACCUCGGAAAAGCCGCUCUCGCCAAACCUGUCCUACUCUGCCCAUAUCACCCCCAUAUCCUCCGCCGGCGUCGAGUUCAAGAAGAACGCAGGAAAGAUGCACAAGCUACAUCGGUCCGUCGGCGGUAGAUUGAGAGAUUUGCUCAGCUCGUCUGGGUCCUCCAAGGAUCUCGCGGGCGUCAUAGGGGGCUCAAGGCCGAAAUUGCAUAAUCGGCACUCGAUACAGGUCACUCCGGAUGCUGCGCCCUUCCUCGUUGAUCCGGCUCUGUUUCCGCUCCCGAUCCUACCGCCUGGUCUGACGGAGACUGGACCUGCGAUCGGCGGGCUGGCGAUGCGUCGACCGAGCAAGUCGGCGGAUUCGAUGCCGGUACCGCACAGCGCUUUCGUGCCGCUGAGUACGGUGGAGAGUGUGGAUCAGACGGAGGGUCUAGGAGAGGAGCGGGAAGAUGCAGGCCGGAAGCGAGAGGGUGUACUUUGGGGAGCGGGAACGUGGGAGGAGGUCGGGAAGGGCGGGAAGGUCAAGUGGGAGAAGUAUUGGGUCGUACUAGAUCAUUCGUCGAUCUACGAGUACCGCGACACGGACUUUGAUCGUCCUGAAGGUCCACAUGCGGUGAUUGACCUGAAGUUUGCGAGUGUACGAGAAGGCAGGGGGACGGAUAGGAGAUUCGUAUUUGAGAUUGUCACUCCCACGCAAGGUCGGCGGCUGUAUCAAGCCACCUCGGACACGGAGAUGAAACAAUGGAUCUACGCUAUCUGCAACGCCAUUGAAUCGGUGAUACAAGGCACCUCCUCCGUCCGGACUUUUGACACCUCCAAGCUCCGCACCAUCUCCGGGGCAUACGACGACCAUGCCGUCCCUCUUCGCCAAAAACUCGGCUUCCCCAUCCCUGGGAUCCCUUCCCGCCCGAACGGCCUUCCUAUGCCUAUGCCUUACAUCCCGGGCAGUCCGUCCCGGCGGUCCAUGCCGCCCCCUAGCCGACCUGACGAGGGCGGCCCAGGCCUCUUUGACGCCCGACCCCGUAAACGGCAGACGAGCUUCAAGAAAGCUCUGCGGCAAUCUGCAGAGAUAGCGGGGGAGAAGUGGAAAGACGCCAUGAGCUCUCGGCAUCCCCAUGGCGGAGACGGGCGACCCGGGUUCUUAUCCCCCGGAACGAGGAUGAAGAGCUCUUCUUCCCAUUCUGCGACGCCUACAACGCAGCUCAACACGAGCACCGCGACCCAGACGACCGGCUCGACAAUGGUCGAGCCCCCCAGCGACGCGGGGACAUGGUAUGAUGUUGAUCCCGACGGGCAGAUUGAGAAGCGCGUCAUGGAGAUGGCGGGCUUAGGGAUCGGUUUCUCACCUACCAGCUCGCCAGCUGCUGAAGGGCGCCGGGUCAAAUCGGAAGGAAAAGGUGUUUUGGGGACGGCGGGUAAUCCGAGCGGCGCAGGGGAGGAGAUGACGCGAAGCCGGUCGGCGGAUGUCCCGCCGGUCCCGAAGGCGGUGAAUGAGGGGAGGCUGGAUAUGGAGACGUUGAGAAAGGUGGCGGGUGCGUCCGGGAAUACGGCUUGUGCGGAUUGUGGCAAAAGCACCAAGUCUAGUCGCUGGGCGACAAUCAGCCUACGAGACACAUCCAUGGUCAUGUUCAUCUGUAUCCGCUGCUGUGGGAUCCAUCGGUCGUUCGGCACGCACAUCUCCAAGCCGCGCUCGGUCGACCUCGAUAUUUGGACACAGGAGAGUAUAGCGCUGGCCUUGGAAUGGGGGAACGAGCGUGGGAAUAUGGUCUGGGAGGCUAUGCUUUCAGAUGGGGAGAAGAGGGGGAGUGAAGAGGAUAUCGCCGACUUUGUCCGGAGAAAGUAUGUCGAGGGGAGGUGGUUGAGCGAUGAGAUGCGCGCGAGGUACGGCCUGGAGCCGAGAGAUGGGGUCGUGGUGGGUGUGGCGCUGGGUGAGCCGGGGUUGCAUCCUGGAGGUGGGAUGGCGAUGGGGGUGGCGAGAUGA